UCCCUCGACAAAGUGAAGAGUUUGGGGCGCAAAGCGGAUAAUUUUUUCCAAUUUAUUGAUUUUUGGAACACGCCGUUGGCUCCCCACGCACCCCCCCCCCAUCCCAGGAGCCUCGUGUUGUGUGUUUUUUUUUUUUAAAGCUUUACUUUUAAAAUACUAACUUGAUGAGCGCGAGGUCCACCCCCCACCACCAGGAGCAGCAGCACCUCCGCGGAUUCUAACACCUCGCCCGGAUUUGGAUUUGACAACACCAUGAACUUUAUUGACAGUUUGACACUAUUAUUUCUGACGCUGUCGGCUGUCAAGAGUGCCCAAUUACCGAGGGAAACGCAGCGAGGCCCACAUGACGUGAUCCCUUUGAUCGAGGUGUUCAACAAGAGCUGGUGUAAGCCUCGGGAAAUGCUGGUGGAGAUCCUGCAGGAGUACCCCGAGGAGGUGGAGCACAUCUUCGUGCCGUCCUGCGUGGUGUUGACGCGCUGCGCCGGCUGCUGCAACGAUGAGGCGCAGCAGUGCAUCCCCACGGCCAGUCACAACGUGACCAUGGAGAUCAAAAGAAUAGCAAUUCAAAAGCAGCAAAAUGACAUCUUCAUGAGUUUCACAGAACACAGCGCAUGUGAGUGUAGGUUAAAGAAAGAAGUAAAAGAGCAGAGAGAAAACGUUUGCAAGCCGUGCUCGGAGAAAAGGAAGCAUUUGUACUUGCAGGACCCUCAAACCUGCCGCUGCUCCUGCAAACACACCAACGAGUUCUGUCAAGACCGCCAACAAGAGCUCAACGAGAGGACCUGCAGAUGUGACAAGCCCAGAAGAUGAGGGAGGAGCAACACCAUGCACAUACAAGAUGAAGGAAUACUCCGUUCUAUUAUCGAAAAGUAAUACAACGGAUAUUUCACAGCACAGCACUUUGACGUUUUUUGGUUUUUUUUUUUUUUUUGACCCGUAAGCUCUUCUUUUCUGUGGAAAGCAUUCCGCUCUGGACCGCCAGAGAGGGGAUGGACUGUUGCCUCCCGCUGUACAUCGACAGUAUGUAUCCGCGUGCGUGUGAGUUGAAUGUGUAGACCAGCAUACUACACAACUGUUUGCUGCUACGAAAGAAAAAACACAACAAACACACACACAAAAAAAAAAAAAAACCCCACAAAAAAAAAAAAGAAAAUCAAAACUAAAACAAUGCAUCGUUUGACGGAAGCGCCUUCUAAACGCCUUGUUGCUUUUUACUUCACUGGAUGCGAGUCUACUGUGCCGGUGCGCAAAAAGCUUGGAGAUUUAAGACUGCUUUAAGACGACAGAGGUGAGGAGGAAGAGUUGUCUGGCACGGAUUCCCACCCGGAUGUCUACUUUUAACUGGCACAGCGGGUGGGAAAUCUUCCUACAGUUUGGCUGCUUUUUCCUCCGAGGACAUUUUCAGCACACGACACAAGGAGUGCCUUUAAUGGGAUACCGCUAGCCAACGUGCUAUUAUAGCUGGCGUGAACGAAAACCACUGAACGAAAACUCUACUGUAGUUUGAUUCCAUCGGGAAAACCAGUGCCUCGCUUAAAAAAAAAAUAAAAAAAAUAAGGACUAAGAAAAGUGCUUUAUAAAUUAUUGUUCAUUUUCCAGGAAAAUGGGGAUUUAACACAGUAGUGCUUCAUUUACACGUCCUCUCUUGACUUGUAUAUAGCUAAUAUUAUCUCUUCAUGCCAUAGUCCAUUUUAGAUAAUUUAUAAUGUCAUAGAGUAUUUUUCAGUAUUCAUUUUGUUGCCCAUAUUUAAUGUGGUCUAUUUAUAUAUGCAGUGUUGUGUUCCAUCUCUCCCAGUGACUGUCCCAUUCAGCAUGGAUUCUCUGUGCUUUUAUUUUUUUGGUUUUUUUUUUUUUUACAUAUAUAACUAAAAAAAAAAAAAAACACCAACCAAAAAAAAAAAAAAAAAAUCAGCUAUUUACUAACAUUCCCAAAAAAUGGUUCCUGUGUAGCGAGGACACCUCCAGAAUUAUUAAGCCGCAUGCAAUGAACUUGUAGCAUGUGUAGAAAUGUUUAUAGGAAGUAGCACAUGCUUUUUGUCUGCAACAUGCAAAUUUAAACAAACAAAAAAAAAAACUACUGCUACAAACACCACCAUUACUACUACUACUACUACUACUACUACUACUACUACUACUACUUCCACCAACCAACGACACGUGUUCGGAAAAAAUUAAACCGCCUCUGCCAUCAGUCUUAGAAACCUGAUUCAUUAGCUCCUUUUUGUUGUUGUUGUUCCAUGACUCAUAAUCUGUUUUUAUGUGUCCGUGUAAAACAGUAAAAAAACGUAUUUAUUUUCAAAUUAUAUUCUUUUUAUAUAAAAUACAGAAAAUGUUCCUGUGUUGUGUUUUCCGGCCAAUGUCUACCCAUUCUCUUCGUCUGUGAUGAUAUUAUGACCGAUGGGAUCAGUCAAAAGAGUGCGGGUGUCAAACCCAAGGCCCGGGGGCCAGAUCCGGCCCGCCACGGGAUUUUAUGUGGCUCGCGAAGCCAAAUCUAGUGUCAAUUUCAAUUAUUCUUGCAAAAAUUUGUACAGAAAAUUUCAAAUUGUCAUCCAUCAUAAAUGACCAAGUUAUGAUAUUACAAGCAUUUUUGUGUUGCUAAAUAUGAAUAGUUGAAAAACACAUUACCCUGGAUUUCUGAUUCCAAAAGUAGACGAUUGAAUUUGAUUUGUAUGGUUUCAGAGUCAUGACGGCCCUCUGAGGGGAAACCGGAACCGCGAUGUGGCCCGCGAGAAAAAUGAGUUUGACACCCCUGCAAUUCCAGACUGAAAUGUAAUCAGAAAUGCUGCAUCUCUCAACGUGGUGACUAACUGGUUUGCGACAAUUUAUUAAAACAUUUAUGGCACACAGCGUAGUUUAUAAACAGACCCGGGGUUGUUAACAACUGUGUGUGUGGGUUUUUUUUUUUUUUUAAAAGAAGUGGUUGAACAACUGCUUGCUUGAAAUGGGAUCGGGUACUACCGGAGAGGAGUGAAGAACUGAACGACGAGUCAUAGGCUAGCGAAUGGAUUUUUUUUAUUUUUUUUUUUUAAAUGACGGAGCAGCUGUCGCUCAUGGCUUGCCAAUAACAUCUGGUCCCCGGUGUCAAACAUCUUACGUAAGGACGUCACAUGAGCAGGUUAUCCGAAAGGUUUGAGACAUUAACACAAUUUAGCGUCACUUCUCUUAAACAGCCCGCCGGUGUGAGGUCCAAAAGGUCCUCAGACUCGAAUACAGCAUCAAUAAUAAAACGACAAAUUGCUGCUGACAUCAAAAGCUUC